AUUUCUAUGAAUUUAAAUGCAUUCACUACAAAUGAACAGAUGGAAACAUGGCUGGCUUCGUGAGUAAGUACGGACACGCAAUGAAAAAAUGUGAUGAUAUAACCAGUUAUCUCUUGUUUUGGAAUCUGUUUCGUUUGCUGCCUAAUGAUUGGUUGUUUGAAAAAGUCAGAUCACUAUAUACGGGGACAUUGAUUAUGUCGAGUAAAAUAUUCUGACUAAAACAAUAAAAAAAGAUCAUAUUCAUCGCAUUUAUUGGAUUAAUUCGUUUUUGUUAAAAAAUUACUUGUAUCUAUUAGUUCGUUCAUUGCUGAUACACAAAAGCUGAACAUACUUUUGAUUAAAGUUCGUUAUUUAAGUUUAUCGGAUUUGUUAUUCUAUGUUUUGAGAAACAGUCAGUAGUAGUUAUCAUUGCAUCUGAAAGAAACACUUCAGACAAUGAACAAAUGAAAUAUGCCACUUACACAGAAUCCAUUAAAUGAAGCAAUCAAUACAGUGCAAAUUAAUGAAGAUCAAAAUACAGAGAAUGUAUGGAUCAAAAGUUCCAUAGUUAAAAUUUUAUUAUUUGUACUCGGAGCAAUUCUAUUAUGCUCAGUUGUGCUGAUACUUUUAGCCACAGCUUUAACACAUACAGCAUGGUUUCAUCGAAAAAGGCGUUCUUAUCAUAAACGAUUAGAUUCUUCAAACAGAUCCAAGUUAGAAAUAAAAGAUUACAUCAUACAUUAUUUCUGUUUUGUUGUUGAAGCACUUGCGAUAAGUUCUAUAAAUGAUAGUGAAUCUUCAUCAAAAUAUUCAAAAUCCUUCGGUCAAAAACAAAGCGAAAAUAACGGUGAACCACCAUCAUUACCUUUACGAUUUCAACCUGAAAAACUCUACGGAGCGACGACGACGUUAAAUAAAGAUAACUUUAGAAAAGGAAGUUGUGUAACUCUACCUCUUCACUCACAAGAAAAUAGAUUUCGAAAAAAAUCUAUGCAUGAUGUUUUUGUAUUUUCUGAUCAAAGAAAAGAUUCUAAGCUAUUGAAUUCAACAAACUUGUCAAAAACCAACAUCCCUAUCCAUCAUUCUCAUUUAGCCGGUAGUGAGAAAAAUUCCUGUGAAACGGUUAAGUCAGUAACAGCUUUAAAGUUGGAACCGCACGUUAUUCCUCAACAUUUUUCGGAUUUGUCAAGUCAAUCUUCUUCCGAUCGAAGCAGAAGCCAGAAAACACGAUUAUCAACUGAUAAUACCGAAAUGCAUGCUUUAAAUCAAGGAAAUAUGUGUCUUACUAUCCCGAUAGUUACACGCAGAGCUUCAGCAACAGACUAUGAGCUUCUCGACAAUCGUUCAUCUAAAUCUAAAAGGCUGUUAGAUGCUCCAAUUUCAAUAACCAUAACUGACACACAGGCUGAGCUGGACAGUGACUUAAACCUACAGAAUGAUGGUAUACAUAUGCUUAGUACUUCGGGAUCAUUUAUAGAAGACCCGAGGUAUGUUCGCCGAAAUAGCUUUCUGUCUUAUUCCACAGUAGCUGGGACCACAAACAAAGAUGAUUCAGAACUUAUGGAUGAUGACAAAACUUUACAUCCAGUUACUUCACCUUCGUCUGCUGGAAAACAAAUUAAAAUAGGAAACUCUGCUUCAUUUUUCAGUGCAUUGAACACAAACGAGACUUUACUGUUGAAUACAGAUAUUGAUCAAGAAAAAGUUCUUGUUAAACGACUUCCACCUCUUAUCACAUAUGACUGGAUGCAAUUCCCUGCUGGCAUUAUGGCUAUUAGUGUGAAGUAUUUUUCACACGUUGAUAAUAACCAAGGACAAAUCAUAGUCACAUUGCAUACAGCGAAAAAUCUGCUAUCACCUCGCUUAUGGCAUAAAACAGUUUUCACUAUUAACUGUAUCAUAUCUAGUAACGAAAACACUCAAACAUUCACCAUUCAUAGUAGGGAAACUGAAUUUGGUUGUCCACAAUUUCUAAAUCAUAAUGAAAUUUCAAUGAAUAUACCAGUAAGAAGAUGUUCAACAAUAUCUGGAGCAUAUGAUAAUGAGGCACCAAAAAUACACAUAAAACUAGAAAUUUUCGAAUCUAUUCCUAAAUGGUCUGGGGAUAAAGAAUAUUAUCAUGGAUCUUGUAGUAUAUCCACAGAAGAACUAUCAAAUGGUCAGAAGGAAUUUGAACAUGUCGGGUGGUAUCUAGUUGAAGAAGCUUAUCCAGUAAUACGAUUAUCAGGAGAUAUGUUGAUUUCAAUAUGUCGUAACCAAAACAAAGGAUUUGUUAAUAUUCAUAUACAUGAAAUAAGAAAUUUAGAAUUUCAUUCAUUUGGGAAAUGGAGAAUUGAGAAUUUAAAUAAUUUGUUGAGCAACAGAUCUUAUGAAAUGACAGUGCAUGCUUGUUUAAUUAAUGCUGGUCAUAUAAUUAAAGCAAUCAAGGCCACAACAUUCAAUCAUCAUUCUCGCAGAGCUUCAAAACAUAACGAAACAGAUUUAAACAAUGCAAUAAAAAACAAAUUAACUGAAACGAAAACCAACAAGACAAAAUCAAACAAUUUCACACUGGAUGAUUGUUUUGUUCAGUUUAGUUUACCUACAGUGAAAAAAUCUGUAGGUAGACAUUUAGCAGUUAAACAUGGUAUAACGAUAUACAUUAAAGGUAAACUACCGAUUUCAGAUUUAUUACCUUAUGAAUGCUUGAAUCAACUGAAACAGAUGGGAAUUACUAGUUCACGUAUUAUAAAUGCUGUCGGUGAAUGUCAUUUCGGGGAUUACGGUUUCCAGAGUGAUUCAGUUAAAGAUUUUAACAGACCACCUUCAUGUCACUCUAGUCAAGGGCUUUCAUUUUGGAAUGAUGCAGGCUCGCGUAAUGGUACACGUAUAUACCAGUGGUUACGCAUCGAGUGAUGAAUACUAUCGUAUUAAUAUUCUGUAGACUAUACACUGUUGAACAUCAUAGGCGCCCAGUUACUACAUUGCAUUCCAUCUUAAUAAUUGCCAUUUAUUUUUCAACAUGAACUAACAGAUCAUCUGAAAUGAUUCUUUUUAAAGUUAUAUAAUUAAUAACUAAAUGUACUUGUCGUCUAAAGUAAAACUCAUCAAUCAUUGAUAAUGAUUAUAGAAACAUACUCAAACUUCAUCAACUUUUCAUUACAAAAAACAGAAGUUAAUUCCUUUAAAAUUAUCAUUUCAUUCAUAUAUUCACAAUGUGUUUCUGUUUACUUAGCUAUCAGUAAUAUGACAUAGUGAUGGACAUUGUCUUGUCUAACAAUUUUGUAAACAAUUAUCUCGUACGUGUUGUUUGCUUCACCAAAAAAAAAGUAAAUUCGCUACUAAAAUAAUCAGUGAUGCUUUUUUUUGCUGAAAUUCAAGAAAACAUUAUUUUAUAAUGGCUGGACUACAUGAAAAACUCUCUCUCAUUCAGCUUUCAUGAUAGGUGUCAAAAGUAAUGUCAG